UAAUUUUUUAAUGUAUUACGAAUUUUAAACGACAAAUCGGCGCAAAAUUUAUCUUUACGUUUUGGCAAUAAUAUUCUGUAAUGAACUGAUACGGAGAUAUCAACAAUGGCGGAGCCUAGUGCAAGUGAAUCAAGUGCAGACAGCGAUCAAGACUUUGAUCCCACUGCAGAAAUGUUAGUUAAUGAUUUUGAUGAUGAGCAUACUUUAGAUGAAGAAGAAGCUAUGGAAAGUGCAGAAAGUGUUACUAAUGAACUUGAUGAUUUGCAACGUGAAGGUGAAAUGCCUUUAAAUGAAGUGCUUGCCAUGUAUGGAUAUGAAUCAGGUUUAGACUUCGAGGAAGGUGGACAAGACGCAACUGAACAUGAAAGUGAUUCUUCACCAAUCGAUUCGCCAGAACAUACAUUAGAAAAUCAUGACUCUCCACACAGUCUUACUACUCAUAGUCUUCCUUCACCAGAAUCUGAAAGUAAUCCAUCUGAUGAAAAGAUAGAGGACUUUAUGAACUUAGUGUUUCAAGAAAAUGCAACAAUAAGCUGUUCUAGACCUCUUUUAAGAUCUGUUCAUCAAGCGAGUGAGUCUUCUGAUACUGGGACAGAUUACGACUACUCUCCAGAUGAUGAUUGGAGGAAGCAUUCGCGGACGAGCGGUGUGUUUCGCUCUUGUACAAUCCAAGUUGGCUCAGAUUAUCAAGCUGUUGUUCCUGAAGGUCUUUCAAAAUAUGAUGAUGCUCCAGCUUAUGAGAAUGAAGACAGAUUACUAUGGGAUCCUACAGCUCUUCCGGAUGAAGAAGUUGAAGAUUAUUUGCGUCAGUGCCGUCAACCCAAAGGGACCAAUGGAAGUAAUAUAGGUACUGUGCCUACAGGAGGCCAUGUUCGAGAUGAUGAGCAGGCAUUAUUUCUAUUGUUACAAUGUGGGCAUAACAAAGAGGAAGCUUUAAGAAGGCGGCGUAUGCAGCCCUGCCCUGUUCCUGUUUGUAUUUCUUUUAAAGAUACCAUGAGUUUAUGGUCUGAAGAUGAAUGUAGAAGCUUUGAAGCUGGAAUAAAGCUCUACGGAAAAGACUUUCAUUUAAUACAGCUUAAUAAAGUUCGAACAAGAGCUGUGAGUGAACUUGUCCAAUUUUACUAUUUGUGGAAGAAAACAGAAAGACAUGAUGUAUUUGCUAGUAAAAAUAGAAUUGAAAAGAAAAAAUAUGCUUUACAUCCGGGAACAACGGAUUUUAUGGAUCGAUUUUUGGAUGAGCAAGAAAAUCCCUCCAGCAACAGAGAUAGAUCUUCAAGCCCAAGUUCAAGAAUUCCCAUUUAUGAUGAAAAUAAAAAACUUACUCCUGUCACCAGUCCAGAAACAAAUGCUGACAGUUCUACCCCUGAGCUGAGUAUGCAAAGUCUUGAUAAUCUUGAUGGACCUUCCAGCACAAGUACAUUUAGUACUGGUACAAUAAGUAAUAGUGCAGAAUGUGAAAACUCUCCAAAUAAAAACCAAUCUGCUAAUCCUAGUGACUCAAGCAGAGAUUAUAUAAAUGGUGAUGAUAAGGUAUCUAGUACGACACCAGCAUUGCCAAAAGAAGGCAAUUCAAUUUGUCUAAAUUUAGAAACUUUAGCUGUUAAUGAAAACAUACCACAACAAGUUGAGUCUGAGAAAACUAGACAAGUCACGCCGCCCAGUAAUGUCAGUUGUUCUCAUGUUUUGAAUGAUGUGUCAAGAUUUCAUGAGGAUUGCAAUUUCAGGUUUGACAUUGAAAAAGAUAAUGAGUCUCUUGACUAGAGAAAUAGGUUUUGAUGCAUCAUUGAACAUUGAUUCAUUUAUAACUAAAAUUGUUUCUGUGUACAUAAUGCUGAAAUAUUUCACGUUCAUCAUUGAGAUUUUUAUACAUUGACUUAUAUAAUGCAUUUAUAUAUAAAAAAAAUGUAUAUUUAAGAACCUUUUCUGUAAGUAAAAUGCAAAGUACAUUUUCUAUAUUGUAUAGACAUAUAAAGAGAAACUAAAUCUAUAAAGUUUGAAAGAGUAUGUGAAUGGAGUGGCAAGCCAGCUGAGCAUUAACAUGCAAUAAUUGCAUCUGUGGUAGAAAAUGUAUGCUUAUAUUCUAAAGCUUCAAAUCAAACUAAAAACAAUGUGCAUUAACAAAACCAUGCUUAUUACUAUUGUUGGUUUACAUGAUAUUUUUUCAUCUUUAAUUAUCACAAAUAAUUUUUUUGUUUUGUUGAAUCUACAGAAUUAUAACUGCAGAGUUUUAUUAUUUUAUUUUAAGCUUUGUAUCAUUUCACAUCACUUAAAGUAUAAUUUAAAGCAUCACUAAUUUUAUUUUUAAUAUAAUGAAAUUAAGAAAUACAUCAAAGUUUGAUUUACACCAAGGUUUGAUUUUCACUGCAUCUUUUGUUUAUGUGAACUAUUUGUGUGUUUUAGAUUAUAACACUUAGAUUUAUAUUAUUUUUAUACACAUUAUCAUAGUCAGGACUAUUUUUAAAUCUUAAAAGAAAUUUUGUUUUCUUUUUACUGACAUUAUCUUCCAGGGGUGAUUGUAUUUCGUAGGUAUCCCGGAAUUCUGGGUUUUUCAUAUUAUCCUUUCAGGUCUAAAAAUUAGGAACAGGACAUAUGAUUUUUCUGGGAAUAUCGCAUUUCUCAAGACCAUUGGUUCUUGAACUUUCGCUAAUCAAAAACUUUUAAUCCGACAAAAUUUUCGCUAAUUUCCUCUAACAAGACGCUUCCAUACUUGCGAUUCUUUUAGUUUGGUGGAUUUUUGCCAUUUUGAAUAUUUUAAACUGCGCCAGAAUACGCUAAUAUCACAAUUCCUUUCAUGCGGUUUAAAUAUCAAGCAUCAAUUUUCGUAUUUACCUCAUUUAAGUUACACGUUGGGAUUUGUAUUCACAUAGCUAAAAAAUCUUACAUAGCGAUUCGUAUUCAUGCAAUUUAAAAAAUUCAACAUUGCGAUUCAUACUCAUUCGAUUAUUAAAAUCCAAUGUUGCAAUACUUGUAAGCCCUGGGGCAAAAUGUUUUCGGCCUUUAUGCGACAGAUCUCUCUAGACCCGAUAUCUUUCUGCAAGGUACUUAUAAUAAUAAUUAUUCUAAUUAAAAGUGAUAAAAACAUUGUGUUAACGAAGAAAAAUAUUCUAUUUUUAUAAAAUUAAUUUUACAUCUUUGAGGGGGGGAACACACUAAUUAUUCCCUUUUUUGUGAAUCAUCACAUUAAAGAAAAAUUUGUUAUAAUUCCUCAAUUCCGCUGCAGUAACUACCGAAAAAAAAAGAUUGACAACGAAAUCAUGUAAAUCGGAACUUUUGAAAAGGGUUACUCAUGCAUGUUUCGUUUCGAGAUUCGGUUGUUGUAAUAAAUAUUGGAUUUUAAAAACAAAAUGAAAAUCAAUUUCAACUCUAAAAUACAAUUAAAACUAUGAAUUUACGAUAUUAUUUGCAUAAAUUGUGAUUUGCAUCAGAAAAUAAUUAUUUAAAUGCGUGAUUACAUGCAGAAAUAAUAUACACUAAGAAAUAACUAGAAUUUUAAAAAACCUGUAGAAAUUGGUAUAGCUAGCAAUAACUGCUGAAAAAAUUUUGAAAUCGUCGCAUUAAAAGAGCAAAUUAUCAAAUAGGCGAUAAUGAGUUUCACAUGUAAUAAAAUUGUUUUAAAAAAACGUUGAGGAUCUUUUUUAAAUGUGGAAAUUCGUAGCAAUAACUAUCGAAAGAACGAUUGAAAUACCUUAUGGAUCAACGAUGAUAUUGGGCAUGUUAAAAAGUGAUUUCUUGCAUCCGGGAUUCGAACCUUGCAUGCCGUAAUAAUAUUGCCAUUUUUCAACAAAAAAAUAACAAGAAUAUCAAUAAUAGUAUCCGAGCAAUAAAAACCGCAGAUUUUAUUAAAUAAAUAAAUAAAAAAUAGAGAAUAUAAAUUUUUAGCAAUAAUUGCCAAGGAAAAAAGGGAUCAAAACACUACAUAUAUUAUUUCUUAAAUGAGAAUAGAAAAAUCAUGAGCAUUUCUGUCCCCUCUGAUACGUGAGAAAGUCACCUUUUGAAUGUAAUUCUGCAGAGGAAAAAAAAAUUCUUUCUACAAUUUUUGCAGAAAAGAAAAUCAUAAUUUUUUACUUCACAAAAGAAAAAUCUUCCUGCAAGAACUAAGUAACAUUCUGCCACACAGCUUGUAACAACCAAGAUUUUUCUUAAUUAGUUACUAUUAAUGUGUGAUUUUUAUCAUUGGUAGGUAAUUUAAUUAUAGAUUUUAUUUUUUUUUUAAAA